UUACUUUGGCCUAAGUUAUCUUUAUUAUUUGUUCAACAAAAAACUUUAUAACUCUGGCCUAACUUACUUUUAUUGUUUGAGAUAUGACAGCUUCCCCUCAGGACUGACAAGUAAUAAUAAUUCAAAAAAACAAAGUGAAACUACUACAUGUAUAAUAACAUAUUUAUCAUAACUCUCUGGACGUACCUCUUUCCAAAACACAGAUACAUGCAGAUGAAAGGAUGGCUUUAUUAGACAAGAUCAAAGGAUCAAUGAAAAACACAUUCACAAUUAAUAUAAUGUUUUGGCUUUUAUUAAUUUGGAUAUCUUGGAAUUCUUUUUUUUACUUCACAAUAAUGGGGAGAUCAUUUUCAAAUUAUUGUAUAGCAAAUAAUUCAGAAGACGAUAUCCAAUUGAAGAAACUUUCAACUUUAAAUAUCUCAAAAAUGACAUUCAACAAAUUAUCAUCUACAACACAAGAGAAACAUACAACUCUGAAUUUCAAUUCUCAGAUAAAUAGAAAUUUGGAGGUUGGAACUGAUCAAAUGCAACAAAGAAGAGACAGAAUUAGAUCCAUUUGCGCUAAACUACCAGCGAGGUCUUACAUAGGGAGCAAUGUGUAUAUAGAUAGGGAGCAUAAGUUGCUGUAUUGUUACACACCAAAAGUUGCAAGUACAACAUGGCGACUGAUUUUGACUGCUAAUCACUAUAAUGUAAACACCAGUGACGUUACUGAGGAUAUGACUGGGCCAGUUUGGGGGAAAUGGUAUGCUGGGAAGAUUCUAGGCUCAUUUACAAUGACGGGUAAAACUUACGAUGAAAUGAGGACAAUGCAAAAAGAUUUGUUUAAGUUCAUGUUUGUCCGGGAUCCUAUUGAGCGACUACCAUCAGCAUGGCGUUCGAAGAUUAUAGAACAGAAUACUGAUCAUUACAGAAGAAAUUAUGGAUCAAAAAUGAUAGAAAAAUAUCGAGAAAAUCCUAAUCCUAUUGAUAUCAUUCAAGGAUAUGCAACAUUUGAAGAGUUUGUGAAAUAUGUUACCGAUGACCAUAAUAAAGGAGACGAACAUUGGGAAGCAUAUAGUGAUCUAUGUAACCCCUGUCUAAUCAAUUAUGAUGUCAUAGGUGACUAUAAAACACUUUAUGAUGAUGCCAAGCUAACAUUUCAGCUGGCUAAUCUGACUAGAUUUGAUUUUCCUGUAAAGAACUCUGAAACAUCAGCUAAUAUUAAGGGUUACUAUACCAACCUCACAUCAGCUACAAUAGAAAAGAUUUAUGACAAAUAUGCCUUGGAUUAUGAGAUGUUUGGAUUUGAGAAGUGGCUCAGCCAUUGAAAAAUAAUGGACUUUCUUUGUUGAUUAAUGUUGUGUUAUCACUUUCAACAAAAUGACUUGUGUAUUUUGAAUGACCUUUGUAGUGUCUGACUGUAACAGAUUCUUGUUGACAGGCAUUUCUCUUUAACCUGCAUGCCAAUGGACCUUUUGAAAACUUUUUGAACAACAUAGAUAUUAACUUGCAAUCACCUAAAAAUCUUAUCUCAAAAAUGAAUGAGUGACUUUCACUGAAAUAUGUGAUAUUGAAAUUUAAGGUGACAUACUUGUAGUAAAUAUGUAAUAAAGUAAUAAUUUGUAGUUUUGAAAGGUGUUUGUGUUUAUGUCCCAAAAGAUUACAUUGUAGAAUUGCUAUCGGAUAUUUUCUGGUAUAAGUCAUUAUCACAUGGUUAGGUGUUUCUAAGCAUUUUGAUUGGUCAAUUGUGACAACGUAUAUAUCGUAUCAC